GGCAGAGACUUGGGCUGCAAUCGGCCCAAUCUACAUAUCAUGCUUGAGUUGAGAAUCAGCCGAAAAAAAAAAUCCUCCUUUUCUUCUUUUCCUUCUGUUCGUUUUCUAUAUUUUCUCGGUAACCAAACAGGGUCCUUAGAGUUUUCGUCUCGCAAUUGGUUUUCCUCUCCCAGAUCAAAGAGAACGACAUGGGAUUCUUGGUGACCACCCUAAUCUUCCUACUGACUGGGAUCAUUGCGUCCUUGUGCACCAGAAUUUGCUGCAACAGAGGACCUUCUACUAAUCUGUUCCACCUAACUUUGGUUAUUACAGCAACAGUCUGCUGUUGGAUGAUGUGGGCAAUCGUAUACCUUGCACAGAUGAAACCACUCAUUGUCCCAAUUCUGAGUGAAGGGGAAUGAAGUUCCCUGUGGAAUACCAUCGGUGCGUUCUCAGUAAACCAACAAUAUGGGUUAUGAACUGGGUACCAGAGUCUGAUAUUGGUUUCAAGGAUCCUUGAUCAGUAUCUUCUUGUGCAUGUAAUUCUUGUUUGAGCGUGAACCUUGAAUUGGUUUUGCAUUGUUGCUCGAUACUACCUGGGAUAAAAUUGUUAUUUUUGCUGCUGUUCACUCCAGAAAUCAUUCUAUCACAAGAAAGUAAAUUUGUAGUUUUGAUGA